GGUCAGUAGAAACGUGAGAGAGGCAGCAGAGGAACCCUAAACAAAGACACACAGAAAGAUCACUCUGACACACACAUCAACACACACUUAUAAAGACAAAGAAGACGGGAAAGGACCUGAAGCUGAACAGACAAACGUGUUCACAUCUCUCAUUCACUCUCUCAGGCGGUAGCAGCAUGUUUUGGUGGAGAAUCCCUGAGGCAGCAUUUCUGCUGUCUGUGUGCGCGUGUGUCGCUCUACCCUACGAGGAUGACACGGAAAUCAACUUCGCUGACAACUACUUUAAUGAAAUCUCAGAUGGAGAAACACCAACACCAGCCACACCAAGUUCUGAUCCCUGCACCUCUGCAGACCUGACAAAAUGGGACAAAAUGUUCACCAUGCUGGAGAACAGCCAGAUGAGGGAGAACAUGCUGCUUCAGCAUGCUGAAGAACUCGUUAAGGUGGAGAUGCGCAGUGAAUUGCUAAGGUUUAUAGCCGAGUAUGGAGGGUCCUGUGGGGCUGCAGUGGAGACAGCAGGAAGACGGAUGAUAUUACAACUGGAGGGCCGUCUACAACAGACUCUGGAGCUCUUCAAACUUGGUGAUCUGACCUCUGCCGUUGGAAACACUGUUGGGAAUUCCAACCACCUGGAGGCCCAGAUACAGCAACUUCUCUCCGCGGCACGUACGCAAACAUCCAGACUCGCCAAGCUGGAGAGCAGCUGCCUCAGCAGCAGCAUUGCGGGGGCUGGCUUUGGGUUGAAUGGCAAAAAUGGAAUCCAGCUCCAAGACGUGACACCACGAGAGGCUGCUUUGGAUCGGGUGCUAGCUGCUCUGCAAGCGGUAAAGGCUGACCUGGAGGAAGAGCUGAAGUCAUCAAGGCAAAGACAACUACCUGCAGGUUGUGAGAUGGCUCUCUUGUUCCCUAUGCGCUCCCGUCGGAUUUACACUGCAAUCAUUCCAGAUGUCCCUCUGUCCCUGUCUGCCUUUACUAUCUGCAUGUGGGUGAAGCCGACUUCGGUCUUCAACAAAACUGUGCUGUUCUCCUAUGGACACCGUCAAAACCCGUUUGAGAUCCAGCUGCUGUUUGCCCAGACCUCUGCCCUGUUCACUGUUGGAGAGAAAGCUAAUCUGGUGGAGGCAAGGAGCGUGGUAAGCCAGGGACGGUGGAUUCACUUGUGCGGAGCCUGGUCCUCCAGGGAAGGCCAGUCAACCCUGUGGGUGGGCGGGAAGAAGGUAGCAUCCAGCCUCAGGAUGGCCAAGGGACACAUCCUGCCCGAGGGAGGCUCACUCCAGCUGGGGCAAGAAAAAAACGGAUGCAGCCCUCUGUCUCCAACCAGCGGAAGUGGUGUGGCCGGGUUUGAGGGAGGUUUCGAUCCAAAGCUGGCAUUUGUUGGGAAGAUGACAGGGGUGAACAUGUGGGAUGCAGUGCUGUCAGAGGAAGAAAUUUCCCAGCUGGCUGAUCAGCGAGGCCAGGGUUGCCAGCAGAGGGGGAACAUGGUGACCUGGGGGGUUACCGAGAUGGUGCCACAUGGGGGAGCUCAGUUUAUCUACUGAUCGUUUUUAUUGGUUAUAAAUAUCCACUUUAAAAAAGGUCAGGCUAAAACUGAGGAUCACCUUCAUUCACUAUUUAAACAUGUCCUUAUAACAAAGACUGGCAUUUUCUGCACCAUCUUUACUGAUAUCAUAAAUCUUAGGAAAAAAACACCAAUGCUGUGAGACUGAACUAGAAAGACAAAGAGUUGCUGACUCAGUUUGCUGCCUGAGCAAACAGAAUAAUGACCACACAGCCGAGCAGAAACAUGAGGUCUAGCACAAGAGAAUAUCCUGUGAUUGUAAGCAAAUAACAGUUUCCCUUUUUACUUCUGAUGAUUUCACAGAAAUGGCAAGUGCAGUUAACCAGACAAACGAUACAAAUUGUGCUUCCUUGUGUACUUUAACAGGAACCACAAGCAUAGGGGAAAAUGUUGCCAUAUUUUCACUUCAGCCUGAAAGGUACAAUAACGUAAUACUUUUAAAUCAAAUUCACUUUUAGAACCACAUAUAUAUAUGCAACACUCUUGAUAAAAAAACUGCUGUACUUGCCUUUUUAGCUCUGAACAACUAGAAUGUAGAGCUACUUGUAAUAUUUUGUUAUAAUGUUAUGAAUCUGUGAAACACCUAAAAACACACAAAUAUUUUUUUAUGAUACAAAUACUAUAGUCAUUAAAGUGUUUACAUUGAUGUGCUAUAAAUAAUUCAUUUUCGGGGCAUGCUUUUCUUACUUGUGCUUAAUGAUUGGAGGAUUAUUUGUGUUUUUGGAAUGAAUAAAGUAAAAAUUUUAUUUUGAACAUGUUUAUGAACAGUGGGGACAAUGUUUACACGGUCUAAUGUUGCUUGCAUGUUUAAACUUGCAUAACUAUGUUGCUUGUAUUAUACUUUUUUGUUCAUGUCAAAAGAUAAAAACAGAAUGUAUUUUGUAAAUAAAUAUUUUUGCAUAACAUGAGUGAAUAAAUGGAAAGUAAGGUAUGAAUAAACAUUUAAAGUAA